GUGGAUAUUUUAGUCGCCCUUUUUUGAAGACCCCAGUCCCGUGUGAGCGUAUGACACUGAGGAUGGUGAUGGAGGAAGGGGCCCAGAGAGACGGAGGACGAGCGGCUUCUAGACCAGACGGGAGUCAGAUCUUUGUAGAACUUGGGGAGCAGAACUUCGAUUCCAUUUGUCUGUCAACGUACCGGACUGGCUGCAAGCUCCGAUUUGUACAGAAGAGAUGCAACCUGCAUCUGAUUGACAUCUACAAUGUGAUCGAGGCGGUGCGGGACGCGGGGCUAAACGCAGUGGAGCUCAACGCUGGUAUCUCUGUAACCAGACUGGAGAACCUGGUGUCGUCCAUGUUCAACCAGCUCAGCAAGCGUCUGCCCACCACCCACACCAUCAACCCCCGAGAGAGCACCGUCCUCCUGGUCGAAUUCAUCCUGGCUGCCGUUGACUGCGAGCCGGAGAGCCGCCUGACUGUUCUCUCUGUGAAGGCGAUGCUGGCAACUCUGUGUGGAGGGAAACUGGUGGAUAAACUUCGCUAUGUCUUUUCUCAGGUAUCUGACUCCAAGGGGGUGUUGGUACUAUCCAAAUUCGACAGUUUUCUAAGGGAGGUUCUGAAGCUGCCCACUGCUGUACACGAAGGGCCGUCCUUUGGUUCCACACACGUCGUGGCACGCUCGUGUUUCCCACAACAGAAGAGGGUGAUGCUCAACAUGUUUCUGGACAUUGUAGCUGAGCCUCCUGAGUGUCUCAUUUGGCUGCCUCUGAUGCAUCGCAUGGCCAACGUGGAGCAUGUUUAUCAUCCAGUGACGUGCUCCUUCUGCCGCAGUAACGGCAUGACCGGCUUUCGUUAUCGCUGCCUCCGCUGCCGUGGUUACCAGCUCUGCCAGAACUGCUUUUGGCGUGGCAACGCCAGCGGCUCCCACAGCAACCAGCACCAAAUGAAGGAGCACUCGUACUGGAAGUCACCGGCGAAAAAGUUUGGUCGAGCUUUGAGCAGGACUUUGGGCUGCGCCUCGUCGAAGGAGCUCCCCCACCCCGUUUACUCCGAGGAGCCAGAGAUGACCCUUAACCUCUCCAACAUAGUCCCCACCAGACCGUUUGGGAACACCAACGAGACCAUGUUGCUGUCCUCAUCAGCGCCAGAAUCCUGCAAAAGCUUGUCUGCAGCUCGACGGAUGAACGAAGAGCACGCUCUGAUCGCAGCCUACGUGAACCAACUGCAGAGCAACCCAGGUGGUUUGGACAGUCCCAGCAGGCAAGACGAGGAGCACAAACUGAUCGCUCGCUACACCUCCCGACUGGCCGAGACCGAGAGCACAGGAGUGAUCCCAACACGGAGCAUCAACUUUGAUGUGAACAAGCAGAAGAGGGAGCUCAUUGCUCAGAUGGAGUGCAAAAACAGGGAGAUCCUGGCAGAGAUCAAACGUCUCCGCGCGGAGCACGACGCGGUGUGUCAGCCCAGUCCGGAGAAGGGCAGCGCCAGCCCGGCUCUGCUGGCCGAGCUUCGUCAGCUCAGGCAGAGGAAAGAUGAGCUGGAGCAGAGGAUGUCAUCUCUGCAAGAGAGCAGGAGGGAGCUGAUGGUGCAGCUGGAGGGACUGAUGAAGCUGCUUAAGGAUGAGGAGCAGCGACAGGCAGCACAAGCAGCCGGCUCUUCUCACGCCUCGCCCUCUCGACUGAGGCCAACGACCGUGCGCUCUGUAGGCGCUGCGUCCCCUCAGGCUCACAUGCACUUCCCUCAAGACUCCCUCGCUGGGGUGGGCGGCGAUGUUCAAGAGGCCUUCGCUCAAGGCCCCAGAAGAAACUUGAGAAAUGACCUCCUUGUAGCAGCCGACUCCAUCACCAACACCGUGUCCUCACUGGUCAAAGAGCUCCACUCUGAUGAAGGUCGGGAGGAGGAGGAGAGGUUGCUAAAUGGGAAGGACAGAGCAGGUUAAAAUGCUGACGGAGCAUCAAAAAACCAGGUGGUGUAUCAUCACAGCCAAAUAUGACCGACCCUGCCGGGAUUCAAGUCUGUCCUCUAGUAAUCGUUGUUAAUCAACCGGGGGAUUGAAGCGUCUCUGCAAUCAACCAAUCACAAUGCUGGACACCAAACGACCGCCGGGUCUCUACUGAUGUAUAGCUGUGGUUCUGCGUGUGUUGUCGCUGUGCUUUAGUUGUUUUGAUUUGAUUGUGCAUAGCCAAACGAAGAAUCUGAAACCUACUGAUCUGUACUGUCGCGUGUGUGUUUGAGUGCGCGCUCUGCGUUGACGAGGAGCCAGAGGGUCGGGUAAGUUGGAGGGAACAGAGAGAGGAAGUAAAGGUGCGCUUGCGGUGGAUUUUAAUGCAAAGUUUCGGGAUUGGGAUGAACUGUUGGAAAGAGAAGAAGAAAAUGAUGCAAGUUGAAAAGGUGAGCUGUAAAAUUUAAAGUUUGAGCACUGUGUGCUUGGUAUUUAUUGCUUUGAUUCGAUUUUUGUCAUUUAUUUUGCCUGAGUGCUGUUUGUGUACAUGAGGGUGGUCAGAUCCUGCUGAGAUGUCGAGCUUUAAUGGGACGUUUCCCUGCGGCUGCAGCUAUAAAGAAAGAAUCGUCU